AUGGGAGGGCAAAAGCAAGAGCAGUUUCUGGACAAGUCUAGAAGCGUUGACAGUGGUUCUAAAAGGAUGGACCAACAUCCAGUGAAGGCCAUUGUACUUCAAAAGGAGGUGGGCCUGCUGAGUGCCAUCUGUCUGAUCGUGGGCAAUAUGAUUGGCUCAGGCAUCUUCAUCGCCCCUAAAGCGGUUCUGCUCUACUCUGGAGCUGUUGGGCCCUGCCUUCUCAUAUGGACUGCCUGUGGAGUGUUAGCCAUGAUGGGAGCGCUGUGCUAUGUGGAGCUUGGCACCAUGAUCCCAAAAUCCGGAGGGGAGUAUUCCUAUCUGCUGGAGGCUUUUGGCUCCCCGGUUGCUUACCUGUACUCCUGGACCACUGUGAUGGUGACCAAGCCCUCAGCCUUUUCCAUCAUCACACUGAGCUUAGCAGAAUACGUUUUGGCUCCUUUCUAUCCUAAAUGCAGCCCUCCUGUCAUCGUCACCAAGUGUCUGGCAGCUGCAGCUAUAGCUUUCAUUGUGACCAUCAACUGCUUGAGUGUCAAAUUAGCGAGUUAUGUUCAAAACAGCUUUACUGCAGCCCAACUUUUCAUCAUCACCGUCAUAGUGGGAGCUGGAAUGGUUCUCUUGGCGCAAGGAAACACAGAGAACUUCUCAAAUGCUUUUGAUGGCAAAUCACUGUCUGUUGGAGGAAUUGGACUUGCCUUUUAUAGUGGACUCUGGGCCUAUGAUGGAUGGAAUCAAGUAAAUUCCAUCACAGAAGAGUUGAAAAACCCUGUUAGGAAUCUGCCAUUAGCCAUCCUCAUUGGCAUCCCAUUGGUGGCCGUGUGCUACGUGCUGAUCAACAUUGCUUAUUUCACCGCACUGACCUCCAAUGAGCUACUGUUGUCCCCAGCUGUGGCUGUGACUUUCGGAGACAAAGUCUUUCGCCCUAUGUCUUGGAUUGUUCCGCUUUUUGUCGUCUUUUCCACAUUUGGCUCAGCUAACGCAAGCUGCUUCACUGCAGGCAGACUUGCCUAUGUAUGUGGCAGAGAAGGACAUAUGGUGGGAAUUUUAUCUUUCAUUAGUCUAAGGCAUUUAACCCCGUCUCCAGCUCUCAUAUUCAAUGGUUUUCUGGCUAUUUUAUACGUAAUCCCAGCAGACAUCAACACCCUCAUCAACUACUUCAGCUUUGCCCAGUGGUUAUUCUAUGGGCUGACAAUGUUUUCUCUCAUUGUCAUGCGUUUCACUAGGAAGGAGCUGAAAAGACCAGUCAAGGUUCCCAUUAUAAUCGCAAUCCUAAUGGUGCUCAUCUCUUGCUACCUGGUGCUGGCCCCAAUCAUUGACAAUCCAGAAAUAGAAUACCUCUACAGUUCUCUAUUCAUCCUCAGUGGGCUCCUUCUGUACUACCCCUUUGUCCACCUGAAGGUCAAGUGGGCACGCAGAUUCAUGAGGCCUAUCACCAUCCUUCUGCAAAUCCUCUUGGAAGUUGUUCCGCCUGACAAAUGUGAUUGA